AUGGACAGAGAUGAGUUGUUUCUAUGCGAGAAAUUAGCCAUUCGGGUGGCCAUAGAGGCCGGUGCUAUGAUUAAGACGGCGUCGGGGCGUCAUAAAGAAGUGACACAAAAGGAUUCAAUCGUCGAUUUGGUGACCGAAACCGAUAAAUCAGUCGAAAGCUAUAUAUUCAAUGAAUUUCGGCGACAUUUCCCUAAACACCGGUUCAUCGGCGAAGAGUCGAGGGGUAAGGAUGAGAGGGGACUGACACCGGAGCCCACGUGGAUCAUAGACCCCAUCGACGGCACCAUGAAUUUUAUACACAACUUUCCCUAUACCUGUGUGUCCAUUGGCUUGACAGUGAACAGGGAGCCAGUGAUAGGUGUUGUCUAUAACCCAUUCCUCGACAAACUCUAUACCGCACGCAAAGGGAUGGGCGCUAAGUGUAACGGCGCGCCCAUACAUGUGCGACAAAACUGCCAGUCCCUGAGCGAUGCGCUAAUGAUUGGCGACCCCAACCCGGCCAAGAGGGACAGGGAUCACCAGAGGGCAGCCCUACAAAACUUGGAGGCUAUUGUUAAGAGCUGCAAAAGUGUCAGAUGUAUGGGAACGGCGGCUCUACAGCUCUGUUAUGUGGCUGAGGGCUGUUGCGAUGGCAACUGGGGGUACGGUAUACAUGUGUGGGAUAUCGUGGCCGCAGGACUUAUAGUGCAAGAGGCCGGGGGUGUAGUGUUGGACCCCGAGGGAGGACCCAUAGACUGGAUGAAUAGACGUUAUUUGGUGGCCUGUUCUCAGGUGAUUGGCCAACAGAUUAGUCAAACACUUCGCGUGCAUUUGGAUUUUGGAAAGGAUUAG